AUGGCUUCAUCAACAAGCAUGGUGAUGGCAGAACAUAUCGAAAAACGUACUUGGUUUGAACGUGGUGAAAGAUUAUUGUAUCGUGUAGAAACCAAUCGCCGUGAAAGUUUUGAAACAUGGCCGUUAGCUCAUCUUUUAGAUAUUUUUGAAUUGGCUUCUGCUGGAUUCUAUUAUACCGGAGUUGGUAACUUUGUAUGUUGUUUUGAAUGUGGAGUUAAAAUUAACGAUUGGACUUUGGGUGAGAAACCAAGCUGUAGAUUUGUACGCCGAAUACCAUGUGGAAAUGUCCCUGUGGGCAUCAACCCUGACACCGUGGCUGUACCUACUUUCUACCCUUAUCGGAAAAAUAUUUCUCCUGUAAUUUCACCGUCAUUCCGUUAUUCAUAUUAUUCAGCGGCGGUAUCAAGACUUGAACAUCGAGAAUUUUUAAGUCUUUUUGAUUAUGUACCACCACCGUACCCUGUUCCACAACCUGAGAUUGAUGUUAAAACUGCCAAGGUUCGACAAUACUUGACUUAUGACGUACGCCUGAAAUCAUAUGGAUAUUGGCCUAGGCACAUGAGCCAGACAAAAGAAAAGCUAGCUGAGGCCGGAUUUUUCUACACUGGUAUUGGUGACUACGUUCAGUGUUAUCACUGUGGUAAUGGUUUAAAAGAUUGGCUCCCAAAUGAAGAUCCAUGGGAAGAACAUGCACGUUAUUUUAAAGAAUGUUAUUUUGUACGUGUUAUCAAAGGACAAGAAUUUAUUGAUCAUUUCAAAAUACCUCAAACCGAUGAUCAACCAUCAGACGAUGAGGAAGAAGCAGAAAGUUUGACAAUCGAAUCAAACUCAAUAGUCAUUAUGAGAAAUAUACCUACGGAUUACCACAGUAUAGAUGAAGAUAUUGAAUUUAAAUGUAAAAUUUGUUUCGAAAAAAAUUUAGGUAUAUUAUUUUUACCAUGUAGACAUUUUGUUUCUUGUGGAAAUUGUUCAACUGAUUUAAAAAAAUGUGUUAUAUGUAGAGCAGAUAUUGAAAAAGUUGUACGACCAAUUAUUUCAUGA